AUGCGACACAAUUGCUGCCAUGUCUCGUUCGCUUCCGUUCUCAAGAUCCUCAAUUUUCUCCAGGCUUUCAUCGGUGUAUCCAUCAUAAUCUACUCCAUCUGGAUGCUCGAUCAAUACAACCAUCACGUUCCCGUCGAUCCUCCUCCUCUGGCGGCUCCUUCGCCGGCUUCUUAUUCCUUCUCUAGCUCGAAAUUUGAAAUCGUUUCUGAUUCCGUGAACAAUCCCAUUAAUUUCGUUCUCGGGUCUGGUGGUGAUUCGGGUUUCAACCUCCGUUCCCUAGAUCUUCCUGCUCCAUGGUUCAUCUACUCUUUCAUGGCGAUUGGGAUUUUGGUCUGCAUUGUCACUAUCAUUGGUUUCAUAGCAGCUGAAGCUAUCAAUGGAUGUUGCUUGUGUUUCUAUUCUAUUCUCAAAACUCUUGUGAUCAUACUUGAAGCGGGUCUCGUGGGAUUCAUAGCGAUUGACCGUCACUGGGAAAAGGAUCUCCCGUAUGAUCCAACUGGAGAACUCAAUAGCCUCCGAGCUUUCAUUGAAGCAAACAUCGAUAUAUGCAAAUGGGUCGGGAUUGUUGUGGUAGCGAUCCAGCUACUGUCAUUGCUACUGGCUAUGGUUCUGAGAGCUAUGGUUUCUCCUCGGCAAUCGGAGCUUGACGAUGAGGAUGAUUAUGAGAAUCCGAUGAACAGAGCACGGGAGAAUCUUCUUGGUCCUCAGGCAAACCAGGCAUCUUCUGGAUCAAGCAAUAUUGACAACUGGAGGUCCCGAAUCAGAGAGAAGUACGGAUUGACCAACGGACAGAGCCAGACUCCAUCAGUUUAA